AUGUUAGCUGUCAAUGACACCAAAUCCAUGCCUGCAGUGUUCCUUCUUACUGGGAUAGAGGGACAUGAAGACAUCCAUCUCUGUAUCUCCAUUCUCUUGUGCCUUAUUUAUGCCAUUUUGAUAAUAGGAAAUACUGGCAUUCUGUUCAUUAUUAAAACAGAACCAAGCCUCCAUGAACCUAUGUACAUUUUCCUUUCCAUGUUGGCCACCACAGACCUUGCCUUAUCAAUGACCACCAUGCCGACAACACUAGGCGUGUUCUUGUUUCACUCUAGGGAAAUCGGCUUUGAUGCCUGUUUUGCCCAAGUGUUCUUCAACCACUCCCUUUCAUACAUUGAAUCCUCUGUGCUCCUGUUGAUGGCCUUUGACCGCUUCAUCGCGAUCCAUGACCCACUGAGAUACACGUCCAUCUUGACCCUGCCAAGAAUAUUCAAGAUGGGACUCGUGUGUGUGCUAAGAGGGGUGGCUUUAGCAUUCCCAUACCCCUUUCUCUUGAAACGGUUCCCAUACUGUCAAGCCAAUAUCCUCUCCCAUUCCUACUGUAUGCACCAUGAGGUCAUGAAGCUGGCGUGUGCGGACAUCACAGUCAACAGCAUCUAUGGCUUGUUUAUAAUGCUCUCCACGGUGGGGUUGGACUCUCUAGUUAUCCUCCUUUCAUAUGUGAUGAUCCUCAAAAUGGUGCUGAGCAUCACAUCCCGUGCAGAGUGCCUCAGAGCCCUGAACACCUGCGUCUCCCACCUCUGCGCCGUCCUACUCUUCUACACACCAAUGAUCGGUCUGUCUGUGAUACACAGAUUUGGAAAUAGCUCGUCUCACUGGCUUCAGAUUCUCUUUGAAUACGUCUACCUGCUGGUUCCGCCCCUGAUGAACCCGAUCGUGUACAGUGUGAAAAGCAAACCCCUGCGUGCAAGGAUCAUCAGGCUGUUUGUCAAGUGA